AUGACCAUGUGGCCGCCGCCUGUGAACCAGCCCGAUCACACCGUCACCCCGGCCAACAAUGGCGAUGAGCUACAGUCCCUCAUCGAUCAGAUGCGUAGGUUUUUUGGCUUAAAAUUGGAGAUAUUGUAGGGUUUUUCAGAGGUUUUGAGAUAAAUUUCGGCCGUUUUUAAGAUUUUUUGGCAGUUUUUGGUCUUUUUGAAGAGCUUUUUUUGUUUUUUAUUUGGAUACGGCUUUGUACUGAUAUUAUCUAUGAGUGUUCAUAGCGAUAUGGACGCUAACAGCUAUAAAAAAUGCUUUUGAGACCAGUUUAAACCAAUUAUAAGAUCAAUAUAGAGCGUUUAAAAAGUCUUGUCGCAAAAUUAUAUGUACUUGCACUGUAAAAAACGACAAGACUUUCUUAAUUCACAACAAAAAUUUUUUUAAACCUUUAAAAGCCUUGUAUAGCAUUCUUUAGUACUACAAUAGCAUUGUAGUACACAAUAGUACUAAUACUAUAAUAAUGUUAUAGUACAUACUAGUACUAAUAUAAAAACACGGUUAUAGUACAGAAAAGUAGAGCCCAUUACCUUUGUUUACAAACGCAAUAAAAUCCAUAAAAUGCACUUUUCCACCAUUUUUGGUCCAAAGUUCAAAACAAAAUUGCCAAACAUUGAGAAACUUGGCCCUCCCACUGCCUUAAUGCCAAAAGUGUAACAAACUUAGCCAUAACUGAUUAGCAUAAUCUCCGGAUUUUCUUUGCAAAAACAAAAUAUUGGGACAGGGAGGGGGUAAGGGAAAGGGAAAAUGGGGAAGGGGGGUUUGCAAAAGGGCAUGGCGAACAAAGAAAAUUACAAAUUUUGAAAUUUAAAACAAAAAAAAUUUUAUAUUGAAAAAAAUAUUAUAGAAUGUCUUUUUCAGGCGUCCAAGACUUUGACUCGAUUAGAUUUGCAACUUACAGAACCGCGUGCAAACUUCGUUUUAUUCAGAAAAAGACCAACGGUAGGUUAAUUUAUAUCUUAGUGGUACCUUACUUUAGAAUUUGACCAUAUAGUACCCUAAUCUAUCAUAGUUAAGCAUUCUUUACCCUAAUUUAACCUACCCUGACCUGUUCUACCCUGUGCUUCCCUACCCAACCCCACCGUACUAUAACUUACCUUACUUCACCGUAACAUAACUUACACUGCUCUACCAUAACAUAAUUCAUCCUACUCUACCCACCGUUCCAUAACCUAGUCUACGUCCCAGUACCGAAAUGCUUUACCUCACCGUACCAUAGUUUACCCUGUCCUACCGUAACAUAAGUUACCCUGCCCUCACCAUACCAUUUCUUGCCUACACAGCCCUACUUUUACUAAACUUUACUGUGUUAACACCUAGCAUAAAAUUGCGACACUUUAUUUACCAUUUCACCCUACCCUUUCAUAACAUUCCCUCUAAUUUCAGUCCACCUAGUAGGAAUAUGGGACAUGAUCGAAGCCUUUCGAGAGAACGGCCUGAACGCCAUGCCAAUCACAGCCAGUCUAAAACUAUCUCGCCUAGAACUCCUAUUGACCAGUAUCUUCCACAAUCUCAACAAACGAUUACCGACCUCACAGCACGUUGACACGGACAAGAGUAUCUCUUCUUUACUGAGUUUUAUGUUAGGCGCCUACGAUCGACAACAUAUCAACCGGGUUACGGUAUUUGCUACGAAAAUUGGGUUGGCCACAUUGUGUGCGGGUAAAUUGGUAGAUAAGCUGAGAUGUAAGUUUGAAAUGGCAACUGGGGUUUUUGAAAUAAAAAAAAAUUUGAAAGUCCACCCCCCCCCCUAAUUUUUUACAACGCCCUUAAAUUUAAAUAAAAUAUGUUUUUGACCUUUCAGUUGAUUUGUAAAACAUAAUACAAAAAAAAAGUUCUACCACCCCAUCCCAAAAAAAAUUUUUUUUACCCCGCCCGCUAAAAAACAAUUUUUUUUAUAAGAUUUUAAAACCAGCUUUAUCAAUCUUUUAAAAAAUUUGUUUUAUCACCCCACACCUUCCCCCCCCCCGUUCAAAAAAAAGCAAAUUACCCCGCUCAAAAAUCCUCAAUUUUUAAAUUUACGCCAAGGUUAAUCAACCCUAAAAUUUCCAGAUGUCUUCUCCCAAAUCUCAGACUCGACCGGUCGAAUGGAAUACGAAAAGUUCUCCGAGUACCUACAACAAGUCCUCGCCCUGCCCACGGCCGUCUUCGAGGCCCCGACCUUUGGCUUCUCCGAGACCUCGCUUCAACAAUGUUUCAAACCCUCGACCGAAGUCAGUUUGAAUCUGUUUUUGGACACAAUAAUGGGCGAAUCCUGUCCACCGUGCCUCAUGUGGCUACCGCUGUUGCAUCGAAUGGCGUCGGUGGAGCAUGUGUAUCAUCCUGUAGUGUGUGAUGCUUGCCAAGCACGAUCGUUCACUGGGUUUAGAUACAAAUGUCAGAGGUGUCCGAACUAUCAGCUGUGCCAAUCUUGCUUUUGGAGGGGGCGGAUCAGUCAAUCUCACUCGAAUGAGCAUGAAAUGAAAGAGUAUUCUAGUUAUGUAAGUGUAACAUUUAGUGGUUCAGAUAGCGUAACCUGGUCCUACAAAAUUUUUACUUAGCUUAUUCUUCUCUUUACUCUGAUCUAACUUACCCUACCCUAUAUCACCCCCUAAACCUUUCAGAAAUCCCCGACAAAGCAAAUCGCCCAUUCCAUCCACAAAUCCCUCCAAUGUAUGCCACUAGUGUCGCAGAAGUCGGAGCGCGUCUUCGAACCUCGACCUCAACGAUACCUCGACCUGUCCAACAUUGUGCCAAUGACCCCAUCCUCAAAUCGCUAUCAACAACCCCCAGAGCCGAUCAACGAAUGGACGUCUGGACUGCUGCCGGGACAGUACGGUAACGGGUACGCCAUGGACGACGAGCACAAACUGAUAGCACGAUAUGCUGCCAAGUUGGCUGGGAGGACUAGUGUAGGUUAUGUUUUGGCAUGUAUUUUUAUUGGGCGGGUUUUUUUUGUUUGAGGGGGGGGAGACGGAGGAGUAAUUUUAAAUUUGAGGGGGGGGGGGAGUAGUAAGUAAAUUUUACCUAUUUAAAAUUUUUUUUAAAUUUCAAUUUCAGCACGUUCCAACCCUCAAAAAGCUAAAACGUGUCGGCCCAAUCGCUGAUGUUAUUGAUGAGAGAGCAGUGAUAGCUCAGUUAGAAGAGGAGAACAAUGAAAUGUUAAGAGAAAUGGCAAUGAUGGAACAACAACAACAUUUAGUAGACAGCUCACCCCAUUUGGCAGGGAUUCGUGACAGAACGGCCGAAUUGGAAGCCAAAAUGAGGGAGAAACAACAGGUCAGGAGACAGUUGAUGCAACAGCUCGAGAGGUUGAUGGUACAACUUAAUGUGAGUUGGUUUGGUUUUAAGCCUGCCACUAGCUUUGUUUUGCCUUAUUUUACCUUACUUUAACAUAUCAUGUCAUACAUUGCCCUACACUACCCUCCUUAGCUACCCUACAAAACCCUACCCUACCCAUCGCUACCUUACUUUACGCUACCCUCUUUAAAUUUCAAAAUUUCAAAAAAAAUCUAAACCCACCUCUCCAGACUCCAUCGGACGGCCAAACCAAACGACCGUUGGCUUUGGGCGUGAAUCCAGAAGAGUUGAAUGGGCUUGGCACAAUGAUAACAAACGCUUUCCGCCAAAGCGAGCCAGCACCAUUCCCCGAGAUAACACAACUUCAAGGUGAUCUGCUCAACGCUGCUGAGGCCAUCACAAGCAACAUGACGGACCUUGUGCAGGAACUUGAUCAGGGUAAGCUUUAUUAAGGGUUUUUGAGUUUGGAUUUGGGUUGUUACCUAAAAUAAGAGAAAAUUUAAAGUUUUAGGUAAUAAAUAAUCAAUUUUUUGAAUUUUGAAACUAAAAAUGGAGAUAAAAAGGCCAUAUAUUGUUAUAUUAUCUUAGUAUAAACAUCAAAAAAUUGAAAAAAAUCGUUUUUCCCCUAAAAUCAUACCUAAACUACGACAAAUUUAGAGUUUUAGGCAACAAAUCAUUAAUUUUUUAAACUUCAAAACCCGAAAUCAGAAAGUAAAAAUAUAAAAAAUAAUUAUAUUAACAUAGACCAGACAUUAUAAAUUGUAAAAAAUUCAUUUUUCCUUCAAAACUCUUCAAAACCUACCUCAAUAUAUAUUGUUUUAGCCAGCGACGAGAGCAUAAAAGAGAACGGUACCACCGCCCUGCCAUGA